AUGACAGAGAGAAACAAAUUCCAAGAACUAUUAGAAACAAUAAAAAAAUACAAAGACAACGUCACGGAUUAUGCUUAUUCAACCCAAGUAGGAGGAAGAAGUUCUCCAGAUAAAACUAGAAAUUACUCUUAUAGUAAGGAGACUUAUGAAAUUUCUUCGCCAGAAUUAAAGAAAGAAGCCCGCAAAAUUAUUUUUGGAGAAGAUAAGGCGGGAGACGGGGGACUUUACAGACUAGGUUUAAGUCCCGAUAGUGGUAAUACAUUUUAUUCCUAUGAAAAAGGGGAUGGGAGCCAACCUGACAAGUUUGAAAUAGAGUUUAAUCCCGAGAGAAGAAGAAAAGAAAAGGAGCAAAUAGACAGAGAACAACGCCGCCGCGACCGCGAACAGGCCGAAAGAGACCGUCAGCAAGUUGAGCGGGACAGAAAAGAAAAACAAAAUUCUCCUGACUCAUUUAGUUUUAGAGAUAAAAAAUGUGCCGAAUGCGGCCAAGAAAUUGAUUUUACAAAAGGAAUAAUACGUAGUAAGCCAGACAGGCAGGAAGAGUGA